AGAGACCUUUCGGUGUAUAUAUCUUGUCUGGAGAGACUAUUGAGAAGUUGUUCAUGCGGAACACAUUUGUUCAUUUAUUGGUAUAAUUUUUUUGUUUACUCCGUAGUGAACCCUCCGUCACACACUACGAGGCCGCGGCCUCCCUGGUUCAUCGCCACCAAGACCACCGUCAGCUCCAUCACCGAGGACGACCCCCCCAUCCCCUCGCCUCCAAUUAAGGGUACCCCUGUUGGAGGCAGUGGGGGUGGUGGUGGUGGUCUCGGGGGCCCCGCUUCUGGCGACGAUGGAGAUGGUGGGGGGGAAAAUGGCGAGAGUGGAGGAGGAGUAAAAGGAGGUGGAGGAGGAACUGGAGGAGGCAGCAGCGGGGAAGAUGGGAACCUUAAUUUGGAAAGCCGACUAAAGGGAACGCCAGUGGAGGACCUGCCACAUACGACCACCUCCACGACCACUACGACUACGCUGCGGCCGCCUCCUUGGCUUAUAACCAAUACGACCAAAAACACCACCACAACGACAACCACUUCGACCACGACUUCCACUACUACCACGACGCCCAAGCCUGCCUCUUCAACGACCACCAAGCCUCAGACGAACUUGGAGAGCCCUGUGGUGUCGUCGGCGGCGGAGACGGGUGCAGGUAGCGCGGGUCGUGCUGACCAUGGUGACACUGGUAGUGACAACGACAACGUGAAGCCACCCAGGAAGGAAGACGGUGGUGACGACGACCUCUUGAACAAGGAACACUUCCUGACAUCUACCGUGUCUACCACAACCGUGUGGUCAGCGCCAGAGGUACCGACAACAGGCGCCGGCCCCAUCAGUAGCGAUGCAUCUUGGUGUCCCCCUUCGUCAGGUCGAGGUCUCUUCUGGAACUGGACGCAGGGUGGGGAUGUGGCAGUGCAGCCGUGCCCCGGGGGCGCCUCAGGAUGGGCGCGGCGGCCCUGUAACCCCUUGGGGUGGGCGGGUCCUGCUGAUCUGAGUGAGUGUCGUAGUGUGUGGCUCACCACACUCACGUCCCGUGCUCACGCCAAUGAUGCAGUGCUGGCUGUGGCUCAUGACCUGGCGGCAGUGACAGGCUCCCGGGCACUGUACGGUGGCGACGUCACUGCCACUGCCAGGUUGCUAAACAGCCUGGCACACCGUAUGGCAGGCGAUGUCAACAACUUCCCCGACGGUGACCAACGCGAGGCACUAGUGACAGAGCUUGUAGGUGCCGCUGUCGCCACGGGAUCCCAUCUUGUGGGUGGUCAGCGGGCAGCGUGGGCGGACCUACGUCCCCCAGAGCACAGGGCGGCUGCCACCGCCUUACUAUUGGGGUUAGAAGAGGCAGCUUUCCUAUUAGCCAAUAAUCUGCACCACGAGAAGACGGUGAAGCACGCCGAGACUAAUAUAUUACUGCGUCUACAGGUAGUGGAAGUAAGGAACGUGGCUGCUGUCUCCUUCCCUUCCCCUGGAGAGAGAUGGCUGACGGCUGCGCCCACCCACGCCUCCGAUCCUGCCUCCACGCCUACCGGCAACCCCUCCAGCAGUACUGCAGGAGACAUGGAGGCCACCUCCUUUGCUAACAUGGACGGCCUCCAGGAUAUUGGCGGCGAAGCGUCCAAAGUGCCGCUAGACACCAUCACACUGCCUCCCGAGGCUCUAUUGGAGAACUCGGAGAACGGCCUGGUGAAGAUGGUGUUCUUCAGCUACGACGGACUGCACCACCUACUGCAGCCCGACGGUCGAUCCUACAGGAUCAACGAAGCUAACUUCAAGGGUGUGAACGAGACGCGAGUCCUCAACUCGCGGGUGUUAUCAGCGUCGCUGGGAGCAGGUCGCCACAUUGAGCUGUCUGAGCCCGUGGUGCUCACGUUUGCUAUGAUCCGCACCGUCAAUGUCACCAAUCCCGCCUGCGUCUUCUGGGACUACACCACCAGCUCUUGGUCGGAGGAAGGUUGCCGUGUGCUGCGAUACAACACGUCACACACCGUGUGCGAGUGUGACCACCUGACCAACUUUGCUGUCCUGAUGGAUGUACACGCCACUCCACUGGCCUACCCUCACCAGCUGGCUCUCUCUAUCAUCACCUACGUCGGCUGCGUCAUCUCCAUCGUCUGUCUCCUCCUCGCUACCAUUAUCUUUCACGCCUUCAGGGGCCUCAAGAGUGACCGGACCACCAUCCACAAGAACCUGUGUGUGUGUUUGUUGAUCGCUGAGACGGUGUUCCUGGCGGGGGUGAACCAGACGGACAAGCCGGUGGCCUGCGGGGUGGUGGCUGGCCUCCUUCACUACUUCUUCCUCGCUGCCUUCGCCUGGAUGUUUAUGGAAGGGUUCCAGUUGUACGUGAUGCUGGUUGAGGUGUUCGAGUCAGAAAAGCCGAGAGCACGAUGGUACUAUGCUGCCGCCUACGGCUUCCCGGCGGUGGUGGUGGCAGUGAGUGCCGUUGUUGACCCCUUCAGCUACGGUACUCGUCAGGCAUGCUGGCUACGCACAGACAACUACUUCAUCUUCGCCUUCGUCGGCCCCGUCAUCGCUGUCAUUAUCGCGAACUCUGUUUUCCUGAGCAUGUCGCUGUUCAUCAUGUGUCGACACACCAACAUCACCGCCUCCCUCAAGAAUAAAGAACACACCAAGCUGGCCUCAGUCAGGACGUGGGUUCGAGGUGCCAUCGUACUGAUGUUCCUGCUGGGACUGACGUGGACAUUUGGGCUGCUCUACCUCAACCAGGCCUCCGUGGUCAUGGCCUACAUCUUCACUGUUCUCAACUCCCUCCAGGGACUCUUCAUCUUCAUAUUCCAUUGUGUCCAGAACGACAAGGUGAAGAAGGAGUUACGUAGGGCUGGGCGCCGCCACCCCUGGCUGCGGGCGUGCCUGUGUGCCCCCUCCGAGCGCUCGCACACCAGCAAGGACACCCGCACCUCCCACAAUGCCGGCUCCCACUCACAGCCCAACUCUCACGCCUCUCAUACACUGGUGCCACGCCUGACAUCAGGACGCUGGACGCGGGGGGGCAGCAAGGGCAGCACCACGACCUCCUCGUCACAAGCGGGGGUGCCGCCCCAGGUGCCAGCCACAGCAGGGCCAAUCAGGGGGGGUUCCCUCUCGAGGGCGUCCCUCUCCAGAGCAUCCCUCUCGCGGGGGUCACUUUCCCGCACCCCGCAGAGGAACAGCAGCGGCCGCUCAGCUCGCCACCACCACACUCUUCACGCCCGCACCGCAGCGCACGACCACGAAGAUGAGAAGUACUCAUUUAAAUCAUGUGGUCGCGACAGCGGGCAUGGAGGGUCAGAACAAGAGGACUCGCCCCGAACUGGUCCAGCAGCCAAACUGGCUUCUUUGCGUCUGAACAACAACGUAGCACCUCACUUGCCUCCGGACCAUCUUGUUAACACAUUUACCACUGCCAAUGCUGCUGCUGCCACCAUUGCAGGUGGUGGGGGUAGCCAUGACCAGCCACCACCUGGACCAGAAGCUCUUCUCCCUGACUACCGCUUAGCAGGUGACACACCCACUCUGCGCCUCCCUGCCUCAACAAGUGCUGUUCGUGGCCAUCGCACUCACUCUCCCUGGAACCACACUUAUACAGAAAUCCCUGAGGGUGCUGCCACUGUCCGCCAAGGUCCAGUUGAUGAUGGUGUCGACCCAGUGUAUGAGGAGAUAGAGCGAGAAGGUCGGUCAGAAUUGCAGGUCAGCGAUCUCAGCGACGAGGAUGGUCGGCGUCAUAGUUCUGACAUCUCCCGGCAAUCAUCCCGUAGUUAUGGUGACCACCGUCCACUCUUACCCUACACCCUGCCCGACCGCCACUCUGCCUCCCACCAUCACCAACCACAGUAUGAUCCACGGCUUAAGGCUCGUCUUCGUCACCAAGAUGGUGUGGAUGAUAUCCAAACCCAUACUCUGCCUGAUUGCAGGCUGGGUGUGGGAGCACCUAUAGACCACACCAUGGUCAGUCCAGGACACAUCCUUCCCAUGACCCAUGCCACUAUCACAUCGACCCAUGCUCUCCCUCCUGGUAAUGGUCACAUUGCCACACACCAGUACUUGGACACUGGGCCUCACCUAACCAACAGUGGUCAGCACAUGAUGGACAAUGGGAGGCAGUUUGUUGAUUGUAUGCCACAGUACAACCAGGCAGUUUUAGCAGCCCUGGGACAUCCUUUGCCUGUGGUACAUCCUCUCAGUGAACCCAAUUUACGGAACUGGGAGGCUGCUCAAAGGCAUAGAGACCUGCAGCAGCUCCAACAGCUAGGCGAAAUGACUGUAGCAGUGCUGAGUGGGGAGCAAGUGGUGUGUAAGCUGAAGCCUCCCCUCGCUCCCAUCCAUGAGAAUACAGGAACUGCCCAGGUGGAGCGGCACCCGCCCCCUCCCACCUACAGCCACUGCUAGGGCCUCUGUACAGUCAUAGUUGUGUACAUAUGUGUAUAGUGCUUUAAAACCCAUUAAAGGCCUUUACGCUUUAUGAAUGUAGUGUGUGCAAGAGAUAAAACAUACUCACGAUAAUCAUUAUGAUAGAUAAUUUGCAUUUAAGGAUUGAUAAACAAGUGGACCUGAUUGUUGCAAACCCCCUAAGAGAUGAUUGCGACCCUUGACUCGGCCCCUAUCCCCUGCUCCUUUGUGUGAAUUGAGUGACGAGAGCAAUUAAGCCCAUCAUCCUAGUCAGGUCUUCAGCAGGAGGAGUUUACAGUGUUAAACCCCGAGACUAAAUUAAUAUGGUAGGUUUUAAUGUGCCCUCAUUACUGAGGAUUGUUAGGGAUCUUCCUGAUAAAAACUAAGUGAUUUUCAGGAUGUGGCAAAAGGAUGCAAACAAGCAGUGAAAGUUUUUUAUGUAUGACUAGCAAGCAUCCCUGAUGAGAUUCCUCCUGCUGGCAAGACCACACUACCAGGAACAUCGCAAACUGUUUUAUAAAGUGACUGGCAGUGGUUCCAUUGCGUGGAUGUAUUUAUUGCACAAUUUCGAAAAUAAUGUUGUAGAUAGGCACAGUAAGGAUGCAAAAAUAAACAGUAAGGAAGUUGACUUACUUUUAGUGAUUGGAAUAAGUCGAUGAAGUAUUCCUUCAAGCAAUACAGUAUAACAGUGAUGCGGCUGAGCACAUUUAGACUUUGUUUGCUGAUGUCUGCUUUGUUACAGAAAGUUGUUCAUGGAAUAAAUCAUCCAAGUUCAGGUGUUAGGAAACAACGUUGUCCAGCCAGGUUUCGGUCUUUUUAUGUUUGUCCAAUAGGCUGCCUUUUAGUGCUCUUGGAUUAAAUUUUAAUUCUCAUUUUACAAGUAUUGUGAAUAAUUUUUUUUUCUACAUUAAACUUUGUAUGAACUACAGUAACAUUAGUCUUCACUUCAUUAGUACAAAUAAGUAUUCAAGCAAAGGGCAAUGUAUGUAAAAUAAUUUAGUUUCCAAUAUCAGAGCUUGGUAUGACUUGAGCCAUUUGACUGUUCUUACACGUUCGUUGUUUGCUGCUUGGCCCAUCAUCAUUCCAUAGGAUCUGUAUUUUCAACAUAUCCUAAUAAUGAUUAUGUAAUAUGCUUCCUCUCAGUUGUGCAUUAUUCUUUCAUAGGUGUUUCUAUUUCAUUCUAACAAUAUCAGAAGAAAACAUAAUCCUUCAUGCAUUAGAUGUCACACAAGUUGUAGAUGUCUGUUUUGACACUAUUUUUGUUGAUGCCACAUAUCUGCUUUCAGACUUGUAGCAAUAAAGUUUUUUUUUAACUCGUCUCUCACAGCUGAUUCAUCUAGUUCAGACAAACAGUAUCCACAACACCAACACAUGCAGUGAGGUCCUUGUAAUCAGUUCUGUUAUGAACAUGUUUUUGUUUAGCAGUUACUGUUCUGUUAUCUUAUGUUGAAAGUCUCAAGGGAUAGCCAAAAAAUAAUCUGUUAAUGAAUCUUCUUGUAAUGCAUAAGAAAGGAAAAAUAAUGCAACAUUAAGCGAUUAGGUAGAACAUGGUACUAUACGAUUUUUUAAAACACAUAUAUUUGACAUUUACCAUGUUGUCCCUAAAUCAGAUUUCAAAGAUAACUUUCCCCAAGUAGACAUUAGUGGAGGCGGAGCCCCUAAGGACAGCCCCGUACCACAUCUAACUCACAGUAAAGCUAAACUUCGACUAGCUUACGUAUUUCUGUGCCUCUCUCUCUCAUGUGUAGUCAUUGUAUAGAAUCAGCUCUGUUUUGUAAUAUUUUGUAUGUAAACUGUGAUACAUGUAUUAAACGAACAAGAAUCUAUCGCCAAAUUGAUAUCAAAUAAAUUAUUGUGAAAGGUUA